AUGAAUUCAAACUUUGUGUUUCCCCAAGUUACUGAUACGACGACGACAACAACAAUAUCAUCAUCAUCGUCAACGGAUAAUAAUAAUAAUAAUAAUAAUAAUAAUAAUGAUAAUAAUAAUAAUAAUGAUAAUAAUAAUAACGAUAGCAACGAUAAUAGAAACAUGCAGGAUACUGAAAAUACAUUUGUUCAAGAAUCACAAAAUCAAAAUAAUAUAAUACCAACAGAUCAAAGUAAUAUUAUCUCUGCAAAUAACAUACGGACUCAUCCAUCUGAUUACUCUUAUAACCAUAGUUAUCAAUAUCCUUUUAUCCCGCAAAACAAUAAUACCAAUAAUCAGGUCAAUGUUACAGCAACUACAAAUACUAAUAAUGGUGAAAUACUACAAUCUUCUAUUGUAGAUUUUCCCACAAUAAAUAUACCGUCACCUAUUGAAGCACCACCAAAUGUUAAACAGGUAAAUAAUGAUGUUUCUUCUACAAAUAUAAGUGAUCACCCUGUAUUAGCAUCCUACUCAAAUGACCUUAAUAUACACCAUAAUCAAUCACAGAAUAUACAAUCUUCUCAUUUUAUCGCAAAUGCACAUUUCAAUCAAAAUAAUAGUGACAUAACCACUACUACAAAUAUUAUUACUAAUAAUUCUGAUAUCAUAUCAAAUGAGAAACCUAUAAACAAUGUUAUCAUGCCUAUUAACCAAACAACCACCACCAAUACUAAUACUGAUACUACCCCUACUCCAACAGAAUAUGUUAAUAGUUUAAGACACGAACUAGCAACAGAAAAAAAAGCCCCUCAGAAUAUGCCUUACAUAUACUUUUCACAAAAUUUGUUCGUCAAGCAGAGGAAAAAUUAA